AUGAUAAACCUAAAGCUCUUAACUUUAUGGGUUUUAACUGUCCUCUGUUCUUCACACAUCUCCUCUGCUUCCGAUAGUUUCUUCAUCAACUGUGGGUCGCCGGAAAAUGCAACCCUCAACAACAGAACCUUCGUCUCCGACAGCAAUCUACCUACCGAAAUCGUCGAUUCAACGCAAGGAAUCUCUCUCGAAACCACCGAUUCGAAUUCCCUUCCUUCAGGCGACGAAUCGACUCUGUUCGAGACGGCGAGAGUCUUCUCCGACGAAUCAACUUACAAAUUCCCGAUCAAACAACACGGAUGGUUCUUAAUCCGCCUCUACUUCUUCCCCUUCGUCUCACCUUCUCGAGAUCUCACCGCAGCUAAGUUCUCCGUUUCCGCUCAGAACUUCACUCUGAUCAGAGACUACAAACCCUCGAAGACCUCUCUCGUCAAGGAAUACACUUUAAACAUCUCAACAGAUCAUCUCUCCCUCGAAUUUCGUCCCAAGAUCGACUCUUUCGCAUUCAUCAACGCCGUGGAAGUUUUCAAGCUCCCGGAGAAUCUCCUUCCCGAAGAAGCAGGACUCAUUGCUACACAGAAGAAUCUCAAGCUCAGGACUCACGCGAUUGAGACCGUCUCUCGGAUAAACAUGGGGAAUCUGAGCGUGACUCGAGAUCAAGACAAGCUAUGGAGGCGAUGGGAUUCUGAUUCCGCGUUUAUCGGAGAAGCCCAUUUCGGUAUGCCUGUGGAAAACCUCAAAGCUGUGAACUUUACCGCCGGCGGUGGUGGAAUAACGGAAGACGUUGCUCCGGUUUACGUCUACGGAACCGCGACGAGGUUGAAUUCAGAGAACAAUCCAAACACGAACGCGAAUCUAACUUGGAACUUCAGAAUCGAGCCUGGCUUCGAUUACUUUCUCCGGUUUCACUUCUGCAACAUCAUAGUCGAUCCGUUUGGGUUCGAGCGGCAGAUAAGUUUCGACAUUUAUGUGAACUCUGAGAGAGUUGAGACUGUUGACAUGACUGAGGUCGCGAAUGGGACCUUUGGAGCUCCUUAUUUCGUUUACGCGGUGAUGCAGAAGGAGAGAAGCAGAGAAGGAGCGUUGAAUCUGUCUAUUGGUGGAGUUAUGGAUGUUUCUUUGUAUCCCGUUUCUUUCAUCAACGGGUUUGAGAUCUUGAAGCUGAGCAACGAAAAGCGGAGUCUUGAUGUUUCUGAUGCUGUGUUCUCGGAUAGUUCUUCACGUGGAAAGAGUUCGAAUCCGAGAAUUGGAUUGAUCGCUGGAGUAUCUGCAGCUCUGUGCGUUGGUUUAGUGUUUUGUAUGGUUGUGUUUUGGUGUUGCGUGAGGAGAAGAAGAAAGAUGCAGAGUGUUCAUUCUAGAGAGGUGAAGCAGAACGAAAGUUUGAUCUUUUCGAGCUCCAAGAUCGGUUACCGUUUCCCGUUAGGUUUGAUCAAGGAAGCUACUGAUGAUUUCGAUGAGAGGUUAGUGAUUGGUGUUGGUGGGUUUGGUAAAGUUUACAAAGGAGUGUUGAGGGACAAGACGGAGAUAGCUGCGAAACGUGGAGCUCCACAGUCUCGCCAAGGUCUUGCGGAGUUCAAGACGGAGAUUGAAAUGCUUUCUCAGUUUAGGCACAGGCAUUUGGUUUCUUUGAUAGGGUAUUGCGAUGAGAGCAGCGAGAUGAUCAUUGUGUAUGAGUUUAUGGAGAAAGGAACGCUAAAGAGCCAUCUUUAUGACUUUGAUGAUGAUGAUGAUAGGAAGAGGUUGAGCUGGAGGCAGAGGCUUGAGAUAUGCGUUGGUGCAGCUAGAGGUCUUCACUAUCUCCACACGGGUUCGGCUAGAGCGGUGAUUCACAGGGAUGUGAAGUCGGCUAACAUUCUGUUGGAUGAGAGUUUCAUGGCCAAAGUUGCAGACUUUGGACUGUCCAAGACAGGUCCGGAUCUUGAUCAGACGCAUGUGAGCACCGCGGUGAAAGGGAGCUUUGGUUAUCUUGAUCCGGAGUACUUGACGAGACAGCAGUUGACUGAGAAGUCUGAUGUUUACUCUUUUGGUGUUGUGAUGCUUGAAGUGAUUUGCGGGAGAGCAGUGAUUGAUCCAUCGCUUCCGAGGGAGGAAGUGAAUUUGAUUGAGUGGGCAAUGAAGCUUGUGAAGAGAGGGAAAGUUGAAGAGAUCUUGGAUCCUUUUCUUGAAGGGAAAGUGAAGAGUGAAGAGGUGAAGAAGUACUGUGAGUUAACAGAGAAGUGUUUGGGGCAAAACGGAAGUGAGAGACCAACGAUGGGAGAUUUGUUGUGGAAUCUUGAGUUCUUGCUUCAGGUACAAGCGAAAGAUGAGAAGGCAGCAAUGGUGGAUGAUGAUGAUCUAGAGGCGAGCGUCGUUGGCUCAACCGUGCAGUUUAGUGUCAAUGGAGUUGGAGAUAUUGCAGGGGUCUCAAUGAGCAAAGUUUUUGCGCAGAUGGUGGUGAGAGAAGAAACGCGGUAA